AUGGGUCAGCUGCCCCUGUGCCAGCCAGCAAUGCUGCCGCUUCUGCUGCUCCUGGUACCCGGACUCCUGCCCUGCGCAGCAUCCUUGACGUCACAUGUGCACCGACGUGGGCUCAUAGAACUGGCAGGGACCGUACACUGUGUGGGCCCCCGCAGCCCCCUGGCCUAUAUUAGAUACGGCUGCUAUUGUGGCCUGGGUGGCCGAGGCAAGCCCCUGGAUGCCAUGGACCGGUGCUGUCACCGUCAUGAUUGCUGCUACCGGCAUGCCAGUGAGGAGGCUGGCUGCAUACCCAAGCUGCAGUCCUACCCUUGGACAUGCAACAAUCAGCACAUUGAAUGUGGACCGGCAGAGGAUGAAUGUCAAGAACUCUUGUGCAAGUGUGACCAGGAGCUUGCUUACUGCUUAGCCGAAAACGAGUACCAUUUAAAGUACCUCUUCUAUCCACGUUUCUUAUGUGGGCACGACCCGCUCAAAUGUGACUGA